AGUGUGAUAUUGAACCUGUGCUGGUUAAAUGUGGAGCAGGACACCUGUUCAGGUGUUAGACUGAACAUAUGAGUGUGAGUUAAAUCGUGUCCGGUUCAUUAAGCCGUGAAAACACGAGGCUUCAGCACAGACUGUGUCAUUAGCUUCAGCUAACAGCGUUAGCAUCGCUCCUGUCCGGUUCACUCACUCACUCCGUUAAAAGUGAGCAGCAGUUAGCUCUGUUAGCUUCCUGUCAUGCUAAUUCUGUUUUUUAACGGGUUUUUUUUAGUUUUAACAACGUGUUGUGAAAAUCAUUUUAUUCUUUCGGGAAUAUCUGAGACAUUUACAGAGAAAUGCUAAUGACGGACAGUUCAUUCGGAAGGUUUGUCGACUCAUCACCUUCUGUUGUAGUUUCAUGCUAAAAUCAUUGAAAUUCAUUUUCCCACCGUGACAAAGCAAACACCGGACGGAUGGAGACCCUCGGCUCAAACGGCUCAGUCGUGCUUUUAUCAGAGCAGAGAAUCUUGUGUCUCACAGUUUGAGAGUCCUUUAGGUUCCUGAGUUACCUGUGAGAUACAGACCAACCGGGGGCAGAUAGAAUAAAAGAAAUAACUGUGGGUGAAAGGUGUUGUGUUUUUUGGGACUCGGAUGAUGAUGAAUUCUUUUCCUCCCGUGGGAUGAAGGGUUCUGUGUUGAUUGAAAAACUUUGAUGAUAUGUUUUAAUUCUAGUUUGGUGAUAAAAUGCUGAUGCUGUGGGAUGAUCCGAGAUGUUCUGGUCAUCUGUGGCUGUCUUGUAUUGGUUUCACUUGAAUUGCUUACUUUGUCGUAUGUUUCUGUAUGCUGGACACCUGCAAGGGUCAAAGGUCGCAUCCUCCACCUGGAAACAGAGCUUGGCCAAUCAGAGGAAAGCACGCUGAGGAAAGCCCCUCCUGCUGGUGUUGUGGUGAUGCUGUCGGUGAAGCAGAGGUACCAGGACAUCAGCCCUGUGACUCUGCAGGUGGUGGGCGGGGCUGUGAACUCCAGUCUGUACUGUGGGGAGGUGGAGGGUCUGUCGGGGGGAGCGGGGGCGCUGGUGGAGUCCUUCCUGGUGGAGCUUUAUCGCUGUAAACUCUGUCAGUUCACAUGUGGCCUUAAGACCUCCAUCAGCAGCCACCUGCUGCUCAGGCACCACCCCCUCACCCUGUCCUCCCUGGGUGGGGCUGAGGGUGGAGAUGAGGCGGAGCUCCAGCAGGGGGCGUCACCUUAUCAGCUGGAUCUGAAUGGAGAGUCGAAGCAGAGCGACGAGGAUGAGGAGUUCCUGCUUUACAACAUGCUGGACAACAUGAGCCCGCCCACCUGUGACAUCAGCACUGAGGGGGGGCUGCAGGUCGCACACACCUGUGAGGUCAGCACUCUGUUUGAAGAGGAGCAGGAGGAGGAGUCUUCCAUUUUCCCUCUGAAGGGGAGUUCAGUGGAUCUGUCCUGUCCCAUCAACACCCCCGCCACCCAGGAGGAGAUGGCUCAGUCCGCUCACCUUAUGACUCUGGGUCUGUGUCGUAUCUCAGCCGCCAGACCUCCUCCUCCUCCUCCCAGCACCUCCUCCCGACGCGUCCAACACCCCCGUCCACCUGAGGACUCCUCCCACCUGUCCCAGGCCAAAAGCCUGAAGCAGAGCAGGACAGGCGGCCGGCAGUCGAGGACUUCACACUCUGGAAGACGAAGGCUGCCGUGUUGCCUGUGUCCUGCGACACUGCCGUCCAGGCGCCUGCUGGACGUCCACGUCCGGUCUCACCAAGCGUCCGGCGGCUUCAGCUGCAUCCGCUGCAGCUGGACGGCCGACAGCUGGGAGGAGCUGGAGCCUCACUGGAGGAGCCACUGCAGGAGGAGGCGGAGGAGGGAGGAAGAGGAGAAGAAGAAGAAGAAGGUGGCGGCGGCGUUGAGCUGUCCAAUCCGUCUGAGGACGCUCGGGAACAUCUCGUCACGAAACACUCACCAACAAACGCAUCAACACGGCAGCUACUCAGACGGAUGGAGGGGCCUGUCGAUCGGACAGGUGGGAGGGAAGAAGGCGGAGCAUACAGACAGUCAGACCAGUAGACCUCAGACUGGAUCACUGCAGAGCGCCACCGAGGAGAAGAAGAAGAAGAAGAACAUCAGAAGAAAGAAAAAAGAAGAGGAGGAGGCUGAGCAGAUGUCUGCACAGAUCAGAGACCAGACGGGUUUCAGCUGCUCGCUGUGUCACAGGUCGUUCUCCUCUAAGCUGACUCUGAGGCGUCACCUGGGCAUCCACAGAGGAGAGAAACCCUUCACCUGUCCCCACUGUUCCUACAGCAGCAGACUGAAGGCCUCUCUGCUGCAACACCUGAGGACUCACACAGGUGAGAAGCCGUACAGGUGCACUGAGUGUCCGUACGCCUCCAUAGACCGCAGCUCUCUGCUCCGACACUGCAGGACUCACAGUCAGGAGAAACCGUACAGGUGUCAGCACUGUGACUACAGCAGCAUCCAGAAGAAGAGUUUGGACCUCCACGCUCGCCGUCACCACACCGGUGAGGCGUUUCCAUGCCGACAGUGCGACUACUCGAGUCCGGACCGCCAGCUGCUGCUCAGACACGUCCGUCGACACCACCCCGCCUCCCAGCACGCCGCUCUGUGAUCUCACAUCUGACCUCGCAGCUCACUGGACUCUCUGAUUGGACUGUUAGCUCAUGGGCGGGACUACAGGGCUUAAAUUGAUGUGACAUCAGCCGUGAUGUCACAGAGUGUUUCUGUUGAUUUAUUGAUCGAUUUUUAAGGAAAAUAAAACCUGAAAACCUUU